AUGGUCGCCCCCACAUUCGCUACACCCAAAGCCGAGCAAACGGCAUCCAAUUGCGAGCCGGAGCCGCGGACGCUUUGCUCGAUUGGUGGCGACUGUCUACGCCACCUCGUCCUCUACGGCUUCUUGGCCAUCGUCAUCGCGUUGGCCUUCGCCUAUUACGCCACGCGCUCUCUAGCCUUACUCGGAGUCAUUGGAUUCCUGGUGAUCGGCUUCUGCCUCUCGAUUCCGGCCCUCAUUCGCUUCUUCAUCGCCACGGAAGGCAGACCGGUGGUUGUCCGGAUGGAGACACGGCAAAGAGAUUCAUCAAAACCGUAUCCUGUCUACACCAUCCCCUCGGAAUUCAUCGUC